AUGGGCAACGCAUUCGCGGAGAAUUCCAAUGCCGCCAGCCGCAGCAACACCACAUCCCAAAUCCUCCCAGUACCCAACGCAACCACACCAUACUGGCGAACAGAACUGCACGCAAUCGACGAGCAUCGUUCGACCCCAGACUUACCAUCAUCAUGCGACAUAGCAAUCAUCGGCGCCGGCAUGUCAGGCGUUGCGACAGCUUACCACAUAGUUCAAGCCGCGCGCGACGCGAACAAACAGAUCCCCUCUAUCGCAAUUCUCGAAGCCCGACAAGUCUGCUCUGGCGCCACGGGACGUAAUGGAGGCCAUUCGAAGAUCAAAGCUACGACGGCCAUGGAGCAAAUUCGGAGUGCGCCUAUCGAGAUGUUAAAGGAAGUGUGGGAGCAUGUGCGCGAGCAGCCCUAUGCUUUGAAGAAAGUGGUCGAGGCGGAGGGGUUGGAAUGUGAAUUCGAGUUGCGGAGGACGAUUGACGCUAUUUUAAGAGAGGAGGAUGCGGGGGAAAAGAAGCGUGAGUUCUUGGAGUGUUUGGAGAAGGGGUAUCGUUGGACUCGCGACACGAGUAUGGUUGAGGAGAAGAAUGCUGAGCAAAUCACCUCCCUGCACAACGCAAAACUAGCCUUCACCGGUCUCGCGUGCUCCUUUUGGCCAUACAAACUCGUCUCCCAGCUGCUCUCUCGCCUGGUAUCUCGCAACCACGUCAACCUCCAAACCAACACACCAGUCACCGCUGUAACGGAGUCCCCGGAAGGCCUCAACAUCCUGCACACCGCCCGAGGCCUGCUGAAAGCUAAGAAAGUCGUCUUCGCAACCAACGCCUACAGCGCCGGAAUCCUGCCCUCGUACGAAGGAAAAAUCGUCCCGACUCGUGCAACGGCAACUCACAUCACCCCGAAGAAACCCAUCUCCCCGCAUCUGUCGCACACAUACAACAUCAACCAUGCUGUCCCCUCCACCGGUCCGGAGCGAUGCGACUAUCUGAACCCCCGACCCGAUGGAUCGAUAGUCGUCGGCGGGGCCCAAUGGACUUACUCCAAGGACCGAAGCAAAUGGUACAACAUCUGGGACGACUCGAGCAUCAUCGACGAAGCGCGGCCUUAUUUCGAAGGGUACAUGCAGCGGUACUUCAAAGGUUGGGAGGAUAGUGGUGCUGAGCUCGACUCCAUUUGGACGGGCAUCAUUGGGACGACGGCGGAUGGGCGGCCGCAUAUUGGGGAGGUGCCGGGGUCGAAGGGACGGCGGUAUAUUAUUGCUGGGUUUAAUGGGGGUGGGAUGGCGAUUAUUCUUACUUCCACGAAGGGAUUGGCGAGGAUGAUCGUCGAGGGGGUCUCAUUUGAGGAGGUGGGACUGCCGCGGUUGUUUAAGACGACGGAGGAGCGGUUGAGAUAG